CAGAAACACCCCUGGGUUAAGCUGAAUUCCCUAAGAAGAAGAAAAUGUUUAUUUUGUCUGAAAUGAGAAAUGUGACGCGAAUUCCGCCGGAAUUGUUCAAUUUGAAGCUCAAUGAUGCCAUAGCGGGUGAAUUGAAUAAGAAAUUGGCCAAUAAAGUUGUAUUGAAUGUGGGGCUUUGUAUUGCUUUAUAUGAUAUAAUAAGCCUAAAGGAGUCGUAUAUUUUCCCUGGCGACGGGGCUUCCCAUACAAGAGUUAAUUUUAGAUAUAUUGUGUUUCGACCAAUGAUGGAAGAGAUUUUAGUGGGUAAAAUACGGAGUUGUUCACAGGAGGGGGUACAUGUGACUCUAGGUUUUUUCGAUGAUAUUCUAAUCCCUCCAAGUGCCUUACAACAUCCAUCAGCUUUUAACGAAAAUGAACAAGCAUGGGUUUGGGAAUACGAUACUGCAGAUGGUAGUAAACACGACUUAUUUAUGGAUUCCGGAGAAACUAUACGGUUUAGAGUAACGGCAGAGAAUUUCAAUGAAACUUGCCCCACUGGCCCUGUUACAAUACAAGAAAGCCAAGAAAAUAUAGAUGCCAAAGUGCCCUACAGUUUAACAGCUUCUAUUAAUGAGCCUGGACUUGGUUUAUUAACUUGGUGGGAUAAUUAACUGUUUUUAACUGUAAGUAAAGCAAUCUGUGAUUUAAUAAACUUUUUUAAUAAC